GAACUGGUGGCUGUGAGCGCGCGCACACAGACACAGAGACACGCGGGGAGAGAGUGGCCCAGACAACAAUCCUACACACUCUGGGACAAGACAAGAGACCUGGUGCCAACCUAAUACAACACUGAACACGUGCCCCAAACCCCACCACGAUGACGGCCCUCAACGCACCUCGAGACAAAUACAAUGCAGUGUGGAUUAUUUUCUUCAUCCUGGGCUUGGGAACCCUCCUGCCGUGGAAUUUCUUCAUGACGGCGACAGUGUACUUCACCAGUCGGCUGGGAGACGAACCCUCCUCCAAUACCACCAGUAACCAUACUGUGGACGGCGCCGAUACUCGUAAUGUGCUUCAGUCGAAGUUCAACAACGUGAUGACGCUUUGCGCCAUGGUGCCUCUGCUCAUUUUCACCUGCCUCAACUCCUUCAUACACCAGAGGAUUCCUCAGAAACUGCGGAUCUCGGGCAGCUUAACGGUCAUCCUGGUGGUUUUCCUGCUGACCGCAGUGCUGGUUAAAGUGGACAUGGCGCCGGUUCCUUUCUUCACCUUCACAAUGAUCAAAAUCGUCUGCAUCAACUCGUUCGGGGCCGUUCUUCAGGGCAGCCUGUUUGGAUUGGCAGGGAUCCUUCCUGCCUCCUACACCACUCCCAUCAUGAGUGGGCAGGGCCUGGCCGGCACCUUCGCCGCUUUCUCCAUGAUCUGCGCGCUGGCCAGUGGAUCAGCGCUGCAGGACAGUGCUUUCGGUUACUUCAUCACAGCCUGUGUGGUGAUUCUCCUGGCCAUCUUCUCCUACUUCAUUCUGCCCCGCAUGGAGUUCUUCCAGUACUAUAUGGAGAGUAAUCGAGCCAGACCUGCUGCUGCUGAUGACGAGAACAAGAUGGACUUGCUCAAGAAAGAAAGUUCUGCAGAGAAGCGACCAGUCGUGAAUCUGAUAGACGAUGAAACCAAGCCCAGUGUGUCCGUGUUUAACAUCUUCAAACAGAUCUGGGUGAUGGCGCUCUCCGUGUGCUUCAUCUUCACCGUCACCAUCGGGACCUUCCCAGCCGUGACCGCCGACGUGAAGUCCGAGGUGGCAAACGGAAGUGCCUGGGAAACGUACUUCAUCCCUGUGUCGUGUUUCCUGCUCUUCAACCUGAUGGACUGGGCUGGCAGGAGUCUGACGGCCGUCUGCAUGUGGCCCGGUAAAGACAGCGUCUGGCUUCCCAUCCUGGUGGGGCUGCGGGCCGUCUUCAUCCCUCUCUUCAUGCUCUGUAACGUCUCGCCGCGCCACUACCUCCCCGUGCUGUUCUCCCACGACGCCUGGUACAUCAUCUUCAUGAUCCUCUUCUCCUUCUCCAACGGAUACCUGGCCAGCCUCUGCAUGUGCUUCGGACCCAAGAAGGUGGCGCAGCAUGAGGCGGAGACGGCGGGCGCCAUCAUGGCCUUCUUCCUGUCCCUCGGCCUGGCGCUUGGCGCCGCGGUCUCCUUUGCUUUCCGGGCCAUGGUCUAAACCCUCCAGCAGAGAAGCCCUCAGUAGACGUAGAUAUUAGACCCCCACCCAGGAAACGGCGCCGCAGACGAGAAGACUGGAGACGCUCGGUCUUCCACGCGUUCGGCAAAAGACUCCUCAUCAAUCAGCAGAGCCUGAAACGUGUUACUGAAUUAGAUUGUACUCUUCAAACCUUGCAGUCAAAACUGCAAACUUGUGCCUGUUUCCUUUAGAUGUUUUUUUUUAUUUUUAUUUUUAAAUUAAUGCCAAUGAUCAAAUGGAUGAAGAGAUCAGAACCAAAAUUAGUUGUAGUUGUUGAAUAGGAGAGAAACUGAAUAAGGCAGCGUCAAUGAAAACAGCCAGCAUUGUGCAGCAUCAUUCAUAUUAACUACAAAAACAUAGAAACGAUUGUGACUCUAAAUUACGUCUUGCGGUGUUUUUAUCACACUUUCGAAUUCUGCUGUUUGGCUGGAUAAUAUUAACCAGAUCAUUUAAUUCGUGACUUUGUAUUUAAUUUUUGGUUUUCAGACAUGAACCAUGACCUUUACGUCUCUCUCUGGACUGUCGCUGCCUUUAAACUCUGAUCAAACCAAAUACACAAAGACAGCAUGGGGAAAAUAUGAAUGUUGAAGGGAAGCCCUCCGCCCCUCAAUCCGUACCCGAAGCGCUUCGCUCCCUCUCCGUUUUGACUUGAGACUACUUUUGUUUUAAAGCUUCUUCGUAACAAGUCGGUGAAAUUCUUCAGAAGAAUGAAGUGAAUAAUGAAGACGGCCUCCCGUGCCGGGUCUGUAUUGUCCUAGUUGGCAUUGGUAGUUUUAGAUGAAGUCGUUAGCUUGGACCUGUUCGAUCUGAAAACAGACCUCAUCUGUUAAAAAUGUAUUAAAAAACAGUUGUUUUUUUAAAAAUGUCUUCCUGAUGAAACGCCAGAUUUUUGCUGCUUCAUAUUUAGAAGGCAACGCAAAACAACACAUGCAGCUGUCAGUGACAUGAAGUGAAGUGUGCCAUUCUGAGGUACUGAGGUGGCUUCUAAUGCCAUUUCUCGUUCAUAUGUUCUCAUUCGAGUCGAGUUUUAUACCAAGUUUAGAUUUCAUGGUUUCACUGUGGGUGUUUAAAAAGCCUGUCAAUGUUAAUAAUUUAGUUUAGUUGUAUUUUUUGUGGCCAUUUGAUACGUUUUUUUUUUUUUUUUUUUUGAUAAAUAAAGAUGCUUUACUUGUUCAUGUUCCGUCGAUACUUAAGUGUAUACAUCCUAACAGCCUGCUUGUUUAAAAGCACCAUGUUGGUCUUUGCUUCUGUGUUUUCUUUGUUUUGAUUUGUAUGGGAGUUUUGCAGACACCAUUAAAGAAGUGACCUAUGUUUCAUCAUCAAACAGUUCUGUGGUUUUAAGAGAACGGCAAAUAAAUGUGUAUUUUUAAGAC